UGUACUAUCAGGUUCACAGGUGAAGCUGAUAAGACAACAGCCAUUUCACAAUGGAGUCCAUCACUGCAGCAAAUGCAGAAUUUUGUUUUGAUGUAUUCAAAGAGAUGAAAGUCCACCAUCCCAAUGACAAUAUCUUCUAUUCCCCCUUGAGUAUCAUUGCAGCCCUGUCCAUGGUCUAUAUGGGAGCAAGAGAUAACACACAAUCUCAGAUGGAGAAGGUUCUUCACUUCGAUAACAUUACAGGAGCUGGAGACCCUACUGACUCCCAGUGUGGCACUUCUGAUUACAUCCACAAUUCACUCAAGAAUAUCCUCUCAGACAUCACUCAGACAAACGCUACACACUCACUGAAGAUGGCUGACAGACUCUAUAUUGAAAAAACAUACCCCGUUCUUCAGGAAUACUUAAAGUGUGCAAAGAAAUUCUACAACUCAGAGGUGGAAGAAGUUGACUUCAAAACAGCUACAGAAGAGGCAAGACAGCUCAUUAAUUCCUGGGUGGAGAAAGAGACAAAUGGACAGAUACAAGAUUUCCUUAAACCUGGCUCUGUUGAUCUUGAUACUGUGCUGGUCCUUGUGAAUGCCAUUUACUUCAAGGGGAUAUGGAAGACAGCAUUUAAAGAAGAACACACUCGGGAAGUGACCUUCAAUGUUACAGAGCAAAAAAGUAGACCUGUGCAAAUGAUGUGUCUGAACAGUACCUUCAAAGUGGCAGAGGUGGCUGCAGAUCAAAUGAAGGUUCUGGAGCUUCCAUACGCCAGCGGGGAGCUGAGCAUGUUGGUGCUGUUGCCCAAUGAUGUGUCUGGCCUGGAGCAGCUUGAGAAGAAAAUCAGCUUUGAAAAACUUACAGAAUGGACCAGUCCCAAUGUGAUGGAAAGGAAAAGAGUGAAAGUGUACCUCCCGCGCAUGAAGAUUGAGGAAAAAUACAACCUCACAUCUGUCUUAAUGGGUUUGGGUAUGACUGACCUGUUCAGUCCCUCAGCUAAUCUGUCUGGCAUCUCUUCAGCAGAGAGCCUGAAGAUGUCUGAGGCCAUUCAUGAGGCGUACAUGGAAGUCAACGAACAGGGCACCGAGAUGGCAGACUCGGCAGGGGUGAUGGGAGACAUCCAAGAGUCCUCUGUGGUUGAAGAGUUUAGGGCUGACCACCCUUUCCUUUUCUUAAUCAGACACAACCCAACCAAGAUGAUUAUCUUCUUCGGUAGAUAUUGUUCCCCCUAAGGAGAAAGAGAGCUGGAAAUACUGCUUGCCUUCCCCUCAGAGGCAGGCCCCCUCUUUCUGUAGUAUUGUAGAUCUCAUCUCUUCAAUAUUGAAAGCCUGCAAUAUCUAGAGAGGUAUUCCUGAAGAAGCAUGUGACUUUUCAGAUCGUUACGUGCAGAUUUUUCUACUUACACAACUUGUAUUCAGAAAUUAUAUCCAGGAGUGAAUUAGAAUUUCAGCAGGUAACUUAGGAAUAUUUCUGACCAUGAUUGAAUAACUUGAGAGAUGGGUACAGUGUUUUGAUUUUUGUUUGAAAUCCUACCACUGCUAUUAAGAAUCUGGUUUCUCUAUAAGAGUUUGGUGAAAUAAACACAGCUUUCAGAAUAAUCUGAAUAAUCCUUUCUGUUGAGCUUUCUGGGCCACCAUCCUUGAAUUGUUGCCUGGACAACUUGCAGAUGAAACUUCAAGUUUCUCAACUUCAACAACUGCAUUCUUCUUCCAGGAAUGCAUUUGGGCUUCUUUGUGCUGCACAUACUAUAAGGCCGUGUCUCUUGUUCUGAGGGAGCACGCAGA